GACAGGAGGAGGGGAGGAGCAGACCGGGGGACUCCAAAGUUGAGGCUUGACUCUUUUAGCUCAGCCUGAAGGGGAAGGAGCAGCAGAGAAGGAAGAAGAAAAAUAUUUAUAUAAGAGCGGAUCAUCACCCUCUUUCGCCUGCAAUCCAGCUGCCGCAAAGGAAAGCAAGAUGAAGGGGCGAGCCGGCCAGCGAAAACCAAGAACGUUUUGUUAAACAAGCCACCCGAUCGUUUUGGUGGACUCACCUUUACGAACUAAAAUCCAGGACAGUCGGUGGAAGGGGGGGAGGGAGGGGAAAAAGAAUAAUAAUAAUGAAUGAUGAAGUUCCAGAUGACUCCACGCAGAGCUUGGUGCAGAGAACGAGUCCAGAAGAUGGGAGAAAACUGAGUCACUUCAAGACAUACAAGCGGAGGUGGUUGUUGCUGCUGGUGAUCUGCCUGCUAAACUGCUCCAAUGCAAUGUUAUGGCUGACUUUUGCUCCAGUAGCCAGUACAAUCGCCGAUUACUUCCAUCUUUCCAUCAAUCAGAUUAAUUGGCUCUCACUUGUGUACCUUGUAAUAUCAAUCCCCUUUGGAAUGGGGGCAACGUGGAUUCUCGAUUCGAUGGGGUUAAGAUGUUCCAUCAUUCUGAGUGCUUGGCUCAACCUAAUCGGAAGCAUUAUUCGCACAUUUCCUUGUAUCCAAUUUCGAGAUCUGGAGAGGUAUAACUUCACUUUUCUCUUCAUUGGCCAAAGCUUCUGUGCCCUGGCCCAGACGCUUGUGAUAUUCUCUCCAACUAAGCUAGCGGCCCUGUGGUUUCCAGAGCAUCAGAGGGCUACCGCAAACAUGAUUUCUUCCAUGUCAAAUCCCUUGGGUGUUCUUAUAGCCAAUGUGCUGUCACCUGCGCUCGUGAAAAGAGGAGAAGAUAUUCCAUUAAUGCUCGGAAUCUACACCAUUCCCGCCGUCGUUGCUUGCACGUUAGCCACUGUCGGCAUUUGGGAAAAGGCUCCUCCGACUCCUCCGUCGGCAAGCGCGAUCGCUUCUACUUCUGAGCCUUUUCUCACUGGCUUAAAAAUGCUGGUGAAGAAUAAGGCUUACGUUAUCCUGGCCCUGUGUCUUGGGGGAGGCAUUGGUAUUUUCACCUGCUUCUCAGCUCUACUGGAACAGAUUUUUUGUGUAAAGGGCUAUUCAAAUGACUUUGCAGGCCUGUGUGGUGCCUUGUUCAUUGUAUCUGGGAUAAUUGGCGCUCUGCUCCUUGGGCUCUACGUCGACAGGACCAAACAGUUCACCGAGGCCACGAAAGUCUGUUUCAGUUUGGCUGCCCUAGCCAGUAUUGUGUUUGCAUUGGUGUCUCAGUUAAGAAAUCAGAUGGUUUGGCUGGCGGUAAUCUGCUCCUUGUUUGGACUCUUUGGAUUUUCGACUUACCCCGUUUCUUUGGAAUUGGCCGUCGAGUGUUCCUAUCCAGUAGGGGAAGGGACAUCCACGGGCCUGGUCUUUGUUUUGGGGCAGGUUGAAGGGGUGAUCUUCAUGCUUCUGCUGCAGGUGCUUGCCGUUCGACAUCCUGACGAUCCAUUUUCCACAUGUAAAACCAAAGAGGCAUCGUUAGAUUGGACCACUUCUCUCUUAGUGAUGGCAGGAUUAUGCAGCAUCUGCAGCAGCUGUUUUGUUCUCUUUUUUCACACCAACUACAAACGGAUCCACGCUGAAGCAAUGAGUGCCAGUUCCAUCCAGAGGGGGGAGGGAGAGGAUGCAGCGACUCAUUGAUCCUGCCCUCAUCUUUCUGUGCCCGUCACCCCGGUUGGCAAAAACCUCCACUGGAAGCCCAUCCAGCUCCCGGAACACACAGGCACUCAGUCGGCUUUCUCCCCCUCAUCUGUCCUCGCUCCGAUACAACCACUACAAGCCAGCCCUCCCACUUUGAUCCUCUAACAUCAGCCUACUCACCGUGCGGGUAUCAACCCCUUACUCACACCCUCCCUCCUGUCUGGAACUCCCUCCUCCUUCAUAUCCGGGAGACCACCGCUUCCCCCCUUGUUAAAGCCCUAUUUAAAUCCCAUCUCCUCCAAGAGGCCUUCCCCGAUUAACCCAUCGCCCCACCCUAUUUACCCUCCCUCCCUCCCGAGUCACUUAUGCACUUGGA